CAAACUCAAGAAGCACAAGGAAUCGCAUAGUACGUUACGGAGCAGUGUCCAACUGCCUUCAUUUAUCCACGCCCCUCAUCAACUUCAUCUUUGAUCGGGUGUCGCUCCCAAGAUUGCGCCAAAUCAGAAGAUAUUUCUGGAUACAGUGACUAGGUAGAUUGAUACAUAGAAUUGGUUACGCGGUUUUACGUCAUUAUCAUCGCAUACCACAUGCCAAGCAUAUCAACAUACUAAAGUCAACCAUCUCAAAGUAUCUUCUUUAGUCUUCUUUCAAGAGGUGUUUGAGAUUUCGCGACCCCUAAUUCAUUCUUAUUUCCUCCCCAAUAUCCAGUUUUGUUCGCACCCUUAGCUGGACUAUCACUUCGCAUCAUCAUAACUUGUUAGCACACACAACAGAGAACAAGCAAACAUCAUGUCAGAUGAACUCGAUUACCUGCAAGAUGGCUUUGAUCCAGCUGCCCUUACAAUGGCUCGAAUCCGCUCUAUUCUAGUCACACAUAAUAUCGAUUAUCCAUCCAAUGCGAAGAAAGCGCAACUUGUCGAAAUCUUCAACGAGGAUUUAAGACCACAGGCACACAAGAUAUUGUACGAAAGAGCGCGUGCGAGGAGAACGAGUCGAGGAAUCGUCGAUGCGGACUCAUCACAAGAGAGCAGCACUCAGGAAAGUACAAUGGAAAGUCCACGAGAAAGUGAUGUUAUCCUGCCGCCACCGCGGACACGAGGUGUGAGACAAUCGCCUGCAAAAGUUAGAGCAUCGGUGGAUAUUAGCGAUGAUGAGCCAGCGUACAGGAAUAUCAGGAGAUCAACUAGGUCUAUCAGCCCAGUAAAGAAAAUGCCUAGAGCUAGUAGUCCUGUGAAAAGGACAUCGAAACCAAGCGUUAAACACGCCAGGCAAGAGGAGGAAAGUCUUUCAGACGAUGACGAUGCCCCGCAGACUGUGAGAAAAUCAAGAAAAAGCACAACGGUUCAAACGCCGAUGGUCGGGGCGAGGGACAAUUUAGAUGGAGUGGUACAAAAGAAAGACCCGCGGAGAGAAAGCAAUUUCACCCAUGACAAUCCCUUUCAAAGGGGCUCGCCACCUAGAAUACCCAUAUCAAGUCAUGAAAGUAAGAGAAAGAGCAUGGGCGGGAGCGUUAUGAAGGAAAUGGAAAAACGAAGGAGUUCGAUUUCGAGAAUACGCACGGUGACCCCGCAAGCUAAUGUAGGAAUACGCCCACCAAUUUCUUCCACUUUCGAAAUUCCUGUUAGUAGCCUCGAUGGGCUGAAGGAUUAUGACGAGAAUGGAGUAGAGAUUAGUGAGGAUUUUACUCCAGAAGCGCAAUUCGAACUCGAGCGUGAGCAACAGAGAGGGCGCACUACGAUUCAACCACGACGAAAAGCAUCAAACGGUGUCAGCAUGAGUGGACCAAUUUGGAUGAUUCUUCUUACAUUACUUGGUGGUUAUGCUACUUGGUACAGGCAAGAGAAAAUUGCCGUAGGAUUCUGUGGAGUAGGGAGAGAAGCGCACUCGAUAAUACCCGUCAGACCAGACCUUCCGGAUUGGGUACAAGUACUCGCCGAACCGCAGUGCGAUUGGUGCCCGCAGCAUGCUUAUUGUAAUGCCAACUAUGAAGUUCAGUGCGACCAAGAUUUUAUUCUCAAACAUCAUCCUCUCUCGUUGGGUGGAUUCUUACCGCUUCCACCAACUUGUGAACCUGAUGGAGAAAAGCAAAGGCGUGUCAAAGCUGUCGCGGACCGAGCAGUCGAGGAACUGAGAGAGAGAAGAGCAAAAUGGGAAUGCGGUGAUUUGACAGAUGAAGCUGGUGCACCCGAACCAACUGUUGAGAUAGAUGCCGAACAUUUAAAGAAAGAAGUUAGCCAGAAGAGGAGAAAGGGCAUGGGAGAAGCCGAAUUCGAGGAAUUAUGGCUUGGUGCCAUUGGAGAGAUUAAAGGGAGAGAUGAAGUAAUUGCUGGUGCUGAUGGAUCAAACACCCUCACAAGUACCUCACUCGCCCGUCUCCCCCUCGUCUGCGCCGUCAAGCGAUCCUUCAGACACACAUUGGCAAGAUAUUAUCUCGAAAUUGGAUCUUUAGUUCUGGCCUUUAUCCUCUUCCUUUAUGCUCGUUCAACAAUUCGCAGUCAUACAGCUACGAAAGCCGCAAUUCCUGCUUUGGUUUCACAUACUCUUCAACGUCUCGCUACUCAAGCAUCCCUUCACGCUUCCGAUCCAGAUGGAUUUAAGGACGGUUGGAUCAGUAUAGGGCAAUUGAGAGAUGAUGUCCUUCGCGAUGAACAUAGUUUGAAGAAGCGAGAACAAAUCUGGACAAAGGUCAAGAAAGUGGUGGAGAUGAAUUCGAAUGUUAGAUCUAUGCAAAGGGAGAGUCAAAAUGGUGAGAUCUCGAGGGUCUGGGAGUGGAUCGGCGCGUUGGAGGAUGUGGAUGGUAGUGUUAGGAGGAGGAAAAGUGGGAGAGGUGGUUGGAGUACGCCGGGGAGGGAGAGAGAUGAUAGAGAGGAAUUGGAAAAUACAAUUACGCCGAGGUGGGAUGAACCAGGUUCGAAGAGUGUUUAUGCUUGAGGUGGGAGGGUAUUUAUUAGGAGACUUGCUUUUCAUUCAAUUCAGAAAACAAACAUGCUUGUUUACAUUUCGUUCUUCAAUAUUGAUAUCCAGAUGUUCUUUUUGUUUUUCGGUUUUGAGUCUUGGGAUUGUAAGGACUGGUGAGUGUGAUGAGUGUAUGACGCGUGAGGUGAUGGGAUUAACGGGCAGCUAUCUAUUUCUAGAAUCUGAUUGUUGAGAUUGGGAGUUUGAUUCAUGGCUCCCUUGGAGAUGAGAUGAAUAUACUUUCUUUUGUACACUAACUCUUGCUGGGUUUGUUUUUUGGUUGAUGAUUAUCUAUUGACUGAUUUGUUUGAGCGAGUGGGCGAGUGGGUGGGUGGAAUUUAAGUGUGUAUUUAUGCGGAUGGUGCUUGAAGGGAUUUUGAUGUUGCUUGUGACUGUUCUGAUUUGAUUUGAUUCGAUUAUGGCAGUGCGGAUUUAUUGCCGGGGAAGAUGGGAUGGGAUGGGAUGGAUAUUUGAAUGCGCAGAGAGAUUGAUUAAUUAAUUAAUUAAAUUGAUGUGUAGAUCAAUCAACAGC